CGCGAAAUAUUAGUUCGAAAUCGCGACAAAGAGGUCUGGCGGCAUGAUGGCGGGCGGCUUCACGACGAUGCUCAUCCGCAUCGGUGUCGGCGUGGCCGUGGCGACGACGAUGAUCUACUUUCGCCAAAUGCUCAUCCGUGCCUUCUUCCGCGUGAUUCGGGAUCGCCUUGGACGCUCGUUGCUGCUCGGCGACGUCGAGCGACACUUCGGCACGUCCAUCUCGAUCGCGCUCGUCUUGCUCGCGUGUUUUGUGGGUGUAGUGGUCGCGGGCUAUGGCAACGACGUGUCGAUUGUAUUCAUGUACGCAUCGGGGGUGCCGCUCGUCUUGGCCACUCGCGCCACACGCAUUGUCUUCACCAAGUGGCUCAUUCGAAGCCUCGGAUGGGACGUAUCGUCGCGCAGCGACUACUCGCGCGUGUUAGUCGUCACGGAAGGCCUCGGCGUCGUCGCUUUCUUUGUCAUCUCGAUCGAACUCUUCAUGCUCUACAUCCCGACAACCUUCCACGAAUUGGUCGUGAUCUUCUUCGCCGUGUUGGAAAUCCUGUGCAUCUGCUCGUUUUACACGACGGUCAAAAACGCGGUCGCAGGGUUUUUCCUGCUCUUCUCGGAACCCCUGCGCCUUGGCAGCAUGUGCGUCAUCGGGACGUCCGUCGGCGUCGUCGAGCAGAUCGCGUUGCAUUCGACCAAACUCCGCGCGCAAGACGGCGCGGUCGUGCACAUUCCAAACGGCGUGCUGGCCGACGACGUGCAGCGCAACUUUUCCCAUUGCACGUUCCGUCGCAUGCGUGUCCAUGUCCAUGUCGACCACGCGACGCCGUUAGCCCAUCUCGUCGCAAUUCUUCCCCAUCUCACCGAAUGCCUCGCGCCGUGCGUCAUCCCGCUCGACCUUCUCGUGGACCAGGAAGCGUCUCUGGUACCCCCCGACCCGGACCACCACAACGACCAAAGAAACUCGACCCGGGAACGGACCCCGCGGUCGAGCAGCAUGCACUCGCUCCUGGGAACGUAUCUGUGGCGACCCGCCAAGCUCCACCAGCACCCCACCAGCAGUAGCAGCAGCUCCGACAUCGACCGCCGCGGCCGGAGCACCGUGUCCACGGAUGUGUCGGACUCCAUGAUGGGGCUCGACGAUCAUCUCCACUCCAUGCGAACUCCUCCUACGCAAGCUCCAUCCUCUACACCGCCGCCGCCGGUUGACCCGCGGCUGCUACAGGUGACGCUUGGAGGGAUGCAUCGCAUUUGGAUUUCGGCGCUCGUACCAGGCAACUCGCUCGCUGAAGUUGCGAGCGCCAAGUCCAAGGUUCAUCUCGCCAUCAUGAAGUGCCUAGAGCGUCAUCGGGUGCGCGUGUUUCACCCCGAGCGAACGAAAUCAACACGACGACCUAAAUAAGAAUAAGAUUAUGGCGCUAGACAGCGCUUAGUGGGCCAACGACUCCACUGUCCGGCCCUGCAAGACAGACGAGUCCCCGUCGCACGUUGGAGCACCGACUUGCAAGUACACGUGAACGUGGAAAAUAUUGAUGGAACGCUCGGGGUUGUCAUCGUAGUUCCACGCCUCAAUAUGAGGGGCAUUCCGAUCGAUCCAGGCCUCCACGUACUCUUGCACGUCGUUGUGGUUCAUCUCCAAUCUGCUCCACAGCGUCCAGUGUUCGAUGCCUUUGGGGGUAUCGUAUGGAAACAUGUUAGGCUCCAUGUAGGACGUUCUACCGAGCAGCGUCGUUCGAUAAAUGUGUUCUUCGCGAGACACAUCAAGCUGGGCGUCAAGUUCGUCCAAGUGGUCCCAUUUGCGUUCCUUGCAUUCGUCCGUUCGGGUCCAGUAUUCCAGGUACAAGGUACGACGUCCCCUACUGGAAUCGACACCGGCGUAGUCAUCGUACCCAUCGUCCGAAUAGGUACACUCGUCGUAUUGGCCGUAAUCACCGGAGAUGCAGUUUGGAGAGUCGGAAUCGCGAUGUUCACUGUCAGUAGAGCAAUGGCCGGAGGAGGUGGGAGAAACAACGCCGUCGCAAGAAAAUUCACGCGAUGACGAGGGAGCGUUUGAGGCAUCCCUAAAUGUGUUUUCUUCAGGUGGGCAGGCGAAGCACUCACUGCCAAAUGCUUUGGAUUCAUAUGUGGCGUCAAAAGCGUCUUCUGAGGUUUGUACAUGGGAUUCGAAGGUCAUCUACAGAGAUAGCUCAAACAUUCUUCCUCCAAUCCAUUGAGGACGUACCUUGACCUUUUUCAAUGGAAACGCUGCUUCGUCCAAGGACGAGGGGGAGAGCAAAUAAGAUUCAUCGUCACACGAGAGUUUUCGUUUGCGAGGAUGAGUUUGUGUAGUUUGUUGGUGGGAGGGGCUAUUCAUCGACGAAGCAUGCAUCAUGUUUCAAGACUUUGAUUCACAGGGACGAGGGUGGGAAACCUUUCGGGCGCGGCGACGUCGGCGGCUACCUGCGCGGGACCGUGUAAUUUCG